AUGGUAAUCAUCUAUUGUCUCAUAAAUUUAAAGGAUGAAAAAUUAUUGAUUCACAUUUUGUUAAAUUGGUAGACAUAUUUUAAAGUGCUAUUAAUAUUUACAUCAUUACUUAAUUUUGUAAUGGUGAAGAUCUAAGAGAAUUUAUCAAACCAGAAGAGGAAGCACUCAAAUUCUAAAAAGAUCGUUAUAAGGAAUCAAGACUUUACUGAAAUAAAGUAUCCUCUAUUGGGACAUGUAAUCAUACUUAAAGAAGUGUGUUAGGCUCUUUUUUAUUGGGAACAUCUUUGA